AUGCGUUCUUCUCCGGUCCUCAAGUAUAAUUUGGAUAAGGAAAAGGAUCCUGUGGUUAUUGUUACUUCUACUACUGGUACAGGAGAACUUCCAGAUACUGCAAUCAAAUUUAUAAAGGAAAUUAAUGACAAAAGUUUGCCAUCUGAUCACUUGUCUCAUAUACGAUAUGGACUGCUAGGUCUUGGAGACUCUGAAUACACAUUCUUCUGCAAUGGUGGGAAAAUAAUAGACAAACGAUUUCUGGAACUUGGGGCUCAACGGUUUUGUGAAGUGGGAUUAGCUGAUGACGCUGUAGGGUUGGAGCUGGUGGUUGAACCAUGGAUUGCUGGACUUUGGGUUGCACUUAAUCAGGAGUUUGCAUCUAGAAAAGAAGACAAAAAUACUUCUUUUUGUGCCAACAAGUUUUCUAAUCUCUGUAUAGGCCUCCAAGCAGAAUGCUUGAAAACUGAAGAUUCCGGUGUGAAAAAUAAUCUUUCAUCAAAAGAAAAUAUAAACUCGGAACUGCCUACCGAAAACUCUCAACCUUCACUUUCUUUCUCAGGGUCUUCCCUGUCAAAAGCAACUCUUAAUAUUCCUGCUUUGCCACCAGAAUACCUAGAAGUGCAGUUUGAAGAAAGCUGUGUUCAGAAUGCUAGCCUACCUUGUAUUUCGGAGAACACCAUUUUUCGUGUUCCUAUCACGAAGGCCAUUCAACUUACCAGGGAUGAUGCAGUUAAAAAAACAUUGCUAAUUGAACUGGAUAUUUCUGAAACAACAUUUAACUACCAGCCUGGAGAUGACUUUAAUAUAAUUUGUCCCAAUGAUGCAUUGGAGGUGGAUGAACUUCUUGAUAUUUUGGGACUCUUGGGAAAAAAAGAUCAUUUUGUUUCCUUAAGAGUUAAGGAAGGCACUAAAAAAAGAGGAGCAACAGUGCCACAGUAUGUACCAGAUAACAGUACUGUUAAAUUUAUUUUUACAUGGUGCCUGGAAAUCAGAGCCGUUCCCAAAAAGGCAUUUCUGCGCUCUUUGGUAAACUAUACCACUGACAUUAGUGAAAAAAGAAGACUUCAAGAACUGUGUAGCAAGCAAGGAUCUUCGGAUUAUAACUCUUUUAUAAGGAAUCCUACUGUUACUUUAUUAGAUUUGCUCCGAGUUUUCCCAGCUUGCAAGCCUCCACUUAGUCUUUUGAUUGAACAUCUUCCAAAGUUGCAAGCCAGACCCUAUUCAGUUGCAAGUUCGACUUUGUUUCAUCCUGGAAAGAUGCAUUUCAUCUUUAAUAUUCUGGAGUUUCCAUCCCACCUAGGUGAGCUGCGAAGAGGGGUCUGUACAGGUUGGCUAGCUGAUCUGGUUGCCCCAGUCCUUCAGGUGAAUCAGAAGAGCAAAGAAUUCUUCUGUCCACAGAUCAACAUAAUGUCUCGCCCAUCCAAUGUUUUUCACUUACCAGACAACCCAUCUGUUCCUUUUAUUAUGGUUGGUCCAGGAACUGGAAUUGCACCGUUUAUUGGCUUUCUUCAGCACAGGCAGAAGCUCAGCGAAAAGCAUCCAGAUUAUAAGUUUGGAGAGACGUGGUUGUUUUUUGGCUGCCGCCAUAAGGCCAGAGAUUACUUGUUCCAAGAUGAGCUCAGGUUCUUUCUUGAAAACGGCGUGUUAACUUACCUCAUAGUUUGCUUUUCAAGAGAUGUUCCAGCUGUGGCAGAAACUGCCCCUCCUAAAUACGUUCAAGAUAACCUCCGGCUUUAUUGUAAAGAGAUUAGUAGGAUUUUGCUGCAGGAGAAAGGAUAUUUUUAUGUGUGUGGAGAUGCAAAAAAUAUGGCUAAAGAUGUGAAUGAGACUCUGAUGGAAGUCUUCACCACCGACAAAGGAGUUGAUAAACUGGACGCAUUGAAAAUAUUGGCUACAUUAAGAGAAGAAAGAAGAUACCUGCAGGAUAUAUGGGCCUGAAUACUAGUUUUUGGAAUUCACUUGACCAAUGAAAACAGCAAUCUUUUAAACGCCUAUACGUCUGUAAUUUUCUCUCAAUUAUUAUUUGAACUAUUUUUCUAGGGAAAUAACAAAGAGAAAUACAUCAUUUCCAAGAGAUUUGUCACAGUACAAGUGGUUUUAAAUAAAUGAUGCCACUUAUUUCCAUCAAGAUGGCGUUUCAUUUUUCUCUGAAGUUGAUCGAUAUAACUUUGCCUUGGGUUUGAAAAUAUGGCAUAGAAUGGUAUUACCUGUUUUCUUCAGCUAUUAACAAAUUGAGGUUUUUUUUAAAAAACAAACAAGAACUAUUGUAUGCUAGGUACAAUAUAUAGAGUAUCAGAGAUGUUAUUCAUUCUUCAAGUCUAGUCUUUCUGCUUUUGAAGAAAAAAAACAGUGGAAAAUUACAGAAAAAAGUACUUAUUUUUUUGUAAGUACUUAUUUAUAACUUAGUUAUAAAUACAGCUGGAGCACUUAUAUUAAUGAUUUUUACUAAAUGUACAUCUAAACCAGAGGUUGGCUCCAUCCUUUUAUUUUGGCAGUGUCCCCUCUUUUGGGAACAGAGGAAAUUAUGAAAAUAAAUUUUGGGUUGACAUGGUAUAAAGCAAAUAAUUUUCACGAAAAUGAGCCCCAAUCCUGAAAAGAAUCCGCUACCAUUUGAUGAUGGGCCUAAUGCCCAGUUCUUGCCCAAAUAAUGUUCUAUGAAGUGUUUUGUUAUGAUGGAAGAAAACCUGUACAUUAAAUUUCCUUCUUAUCUAAACAUGAUCAAUGAAAUAGGCAUGGACUUAGUGUUGAAAAAAAUAUGAAUAUUUGAAGCAUUUUUCUUAAUUUCACUUACAAAGCCCAACCUUCUGAAUGAGUGGCUGUAGGGGUAAUCACUGAGCACAUUUUGCACAAUACAGUACCUUUGGUUAGAGUCAGGUUUUCACUGCCUUUGUAUGUUGCAUGAACCUAGCCUGCUUGGCUAGUUGACCAUUUGAGGUAUUAUGGAAACCAGGAAAAUGACCCACUUUGGUAAUCAGGUAAAGCAUAUUGUGUGAAUAGCUUUCAUUGAAUUUAUCUUUUAAGAGAAAUGUCAUAUCUCAUUUUACUGUUUUUAAAAAGAUGACUGCUGCUACUUCAAAAGUGAUUUAAAAGUCAUUCAUUUUUCUACUGUAGUUUGGAAUGAUGGUCCCACAGUGACUUGUCAAAAAACCCUUGGGUUAAGCUGCAAAAUGAGAAGCUGGAUUGAUUUGAAUAAAUUUAACAUUUGCCAGAUAUUCUAAAGUGUGACUGAAUCAAACCUAGCACUACUAGAUAGUAUGCAAACUUUUACUGUUUUCAGUAAAAUAAAUUAAACUCUAAGAGUCUUUUAAGGUUUAUCAUAACUAUUUUGGCUCUGUGUUGUCAUUUGAUGAUCAUGUGCUUCAAUAUGUACAUCUCAAACAAAGAGAUGAGUUUUAAUGCCUGUAGAAACAGCUUUUGCUAAAGACGCAAAGCAGUUUUAAAAUCUUGCAUUCUUUCUUUUCUUUUCUUUUUUUUGCUAUUGAGGUUAUUUUAAACAGAAGCAAGUUGAGAUUGGGUUAAAGGAAGAAUUUCUUUGCUGAUGCUCGGUUUAGGAGCUUUUAAGGAAUGCAAAGAUGAUGGUUGAGCAUUAUCCACUGGCCAUUAAUAUGUGUUAUGCAUGCUGAUGGCUGCAUCUAUUUUCAGAAAUGUGUUUUUUUAAUGCUGUUGUAGAAAGGCAAGGUUGCUUCCAAUUAUCUCCCAGUUUUCUAUAAUAUUUCUAAUAAACAAUCCUAAUAUGAAGAUAAGAUACAAUGUCUUCCAUUUUUCUACUUAAACAAUAAACAGGCCAACUGACAGCAAAGAAAAUAGCCUCUUAAAAUAGAAGCUGCGUGACAAAUAGUUGCUAAUCCAGUAUACUAAGGUUAAUUAAAAAAAACUCCAAAAAAAUGAUCUUUAUGUGAUAAUGAGAGAAAAAAGUAGUAGUUUCAGAAUCUUAGGCGUGAUACCCUAAUGAAAAAGUUAGAAAUGACAGCUUUGUUAGCAAUCUGUUUAUUUACAAAUGUACAGGUUGAAAGCAGUAGUCCAAAAAGGUAGCAUCACUUGCAAAAAUAAGCAUUACUGAAAUAUCCCCCUUUAUGCAGUAGGCUGUGAAGAAUCAAAUCAAUUAACCUUCUAACUUCCCAAUGGUGUUCUUAUCACUAUAAAUUCCAGGGUGCACAAAACAAAGACAAAGUCAUGCAAAAUAGCUUUUUAAAUAAGUAAUCGGCCUUCCUAGAAUGCAGUUAUCCCAUACAUUUUAUACAACGCUAUGCAUUCCUACUUAGACGUACUGUAAAACCCACUCAAUUUAUUAGGACAUACUUCCAACUAUAGGAUUGCAGCUUAGGUUCGGCUUCAGGAAUUUUAAGGGAUUGCCUUUUCUUAAUGUUUUUUUCACUUGGAUGGUGAAGUCCUAACAACUCCAUGACAAAUACAAAGAGCACAUCAGGGAUCAUAACCCAACUGUGUGUUGACAGAAUUUCAGUUUGAGGGUCUUUUAUUUCAUUAUUUGCAAGGAAAAGUAAUAAAACGUAAAUGAGAUUGGCUCUCUAAAAUAUUCUGCUUACAAGCAUGGAACAAAUUUCUGGCAGCCUAGCAACUCUCAUUAAUUUCCAUGUGAUGACAAGGGAAAGAAUAAGGUAAGGUUUCUUUCUCUUGCACUGUGAAGAAACCUUAAAACUAUGGCUGAUCUACAGAAACAUAAUUAUCAACAUUUGUGGGUCUUUGUCCUAUAGCUGUGACAACACUAGCCAACCAGAGUUCAAGCAGUCCUCACUUUCACACUAUAAUACUGUUGCUAAGCGAUGCAAUCAAAAUGAAACAUAAUUUGACUCAUUUGCCUCCCAUCCUUCUGUAAAAUGAGACAUCAGGUGAUCUCCAAUGUAUAGUUCAAGCUUUGGUCAUGAAGCAAAUCCCAGCAGUCGUGUGAGGUGAUGUGAUUGCAACUUGCAACUUCCUGCCAUCAAUCCCAUUAGCUUUUGUUUGCCCAAAGCCUCUGUAAAGGUCGCCAAUGGCAGUCUCAAUCAUCAUAAAUGAACACAAAUGUCGCACGAAUUGCAAGCACCUGACCAUG